AUGAAGGGCGGAGCCAAGGUGGUCAUCGAGCAGCACAGGCACGAGGGAGUCUUCAUUGCCAGGGGCAAGGAGGAUGCCCUGGUCACAAAGAACAUGGUGCCAGGUGAGAGCGUGUAUGGCGAGAAGAGGAUAAGCGUGGAGGGCCCCAAUGAGGGAGAGAAGAUAGAGUACAGGGUGUGGAACCCCUUCCGCUCCAAGCUGGCGGCUUCAGUGCUGGCAGGCGUGGACAACAUUCACAUCAAGCCCGGCUCCAGGGUGCUCUACCUGGGCGCAGCCUCCGGCACUUCAGUGUCCCAUGUCUCAGACAUCGUGGGCCCUGAGGGCGUCGUCUACGCAGUGGAGUUCUCACAUCGCAGCGGGCGUGACCUGGUGAACAUGGCCAAGAAGCGGCCAAACGUGAUCCCCAUCAUUGAGGAUGCGCGCCACCCGCAGAAGUACCGCAUGCUCGUGCCCAUGGUGGACACCAUCUUUGCAGAUGUGGCGCAGCCAGACCAGGCCCGUAUUGUGGGCAUCAACGCGCAGUACUUCCUGAAAAACAGCGGCAACUUUGUCAUCUCCAUCAAGGCCUCCUGCAUUGACUCCACAGCCCCGCCCGAGGCUGUCUUCGCCCGCGAGGUGAAGAAGCUGCAGGAGCAGGUGCUCAAGCCCAGGGAACAGGUCACGCUCGAGCCGUAUGAGCGCGAUCACGCAAUGGUGGUUGGCGUGUACAGGCCUGCUCCCAAGAAGAAGCAGUGA